AUGCGGAAGAUUUAUGGACCUUUGAGUAAAGCUGGUCGACAAUGUGGCAAUGCACAGCCAACUAUGGUAUACGGCCUCAAAAUCAACAUCAGCAAAACUAAAGAAAUAGUUAUCAGCCGCAGAAAUUCCAACAACAAUAUUUAUUUAACCAUCCACAAUGCUCCUGUAGAAAGACACAGAGACACACACCCACACAAACGGACGGCACAACAUCACUACCCCCAGCCAAACGUUUUGAAAAAAGCCAUCACCAUUUCGUCGAUUGCGAUUAAACGCAGGCCAACGCUGCCGCAAACGCCAGCGAGUGCCCCACAGGUGUUAUCGCCCAAGCGACAGUGCGCCACCGCCGUUUCGGUUAUACCCGCCGCCCAAUUGACACCACAGGUCCAGUACGCCACAACACCAGCCGCCGCAGUCGCUCUCAAGGCCGGCCAUCAAUUGACCUUUAAUCCCGCUGCUGCCGCCGCCGCUGCCCAAUACGCCGCCACUGCCGCCGUUAGCACACAUCCACACCAUCACCAACAGGUCGCUGCCGCAGCUGCAGCUGCUGCCGCCGCCGCCGCAGCCCAGCAGCAACGUAUCGCUGUAGCCGCACAACAUUUUAAUCCCUCGGCCGCUGCCCUUCUUAACCAGCAUCUACAUUCAGUAGCAGCCGCGUCGCACUCAUUGUCACCGGCCGCCGCGGCUGCCGUAGCUGCCGCUGCUCAUCAGCAGCACGUUGUUCUACAGCAACAUCAUCACCACCAUCACACGCAACAUUCGUUGAGUCAACAGCACAUCUAUCAACAGCAGCAGCAGCAGUCACUGCGCCAACAACUGCAUCAGCAGCAGCAGCAACAACAACAACAACAACAGCAACAUCACUUGCUUGUUAGUAGUUCGACUGCGGCCAGCACACCCAUCUCCGCCACAUUAAGUAGUAGCAACACACCGCUGACAUCGUCAGUCACCACAGCCAGUACAACAACAGCAACAGGUACACCGACAAGUGCAGCAGCAACUCCGGCAGCGCAAAUAGGCGCCGCUGCAACUGCAGCAAUCAAUUCGCUGAACGAAUCCGCGUCGCAUUCGAAUUCGUCCUCUGCAUCGACCACACCGUCACCAGCGGCAGCGUCGGCAACGCAGAAUACAUACGACAACAACAAUAAUAGCAACGCGCUGAGCAAUAGUCCAAAUAGCAACAGUAGCAACAACAACAGCACAAUCCUUUCCAGCAGCUCGACGAUGGAAAAUCAAAUGGCACUGGCACCAUUGGGAUUAUCACAAAGCAUGGACUCAGUGAAUACGGCAAGCAACGAAGAAGAGGUAUGUACCGUAAAAUGCAACGCUUUAUCAUCAACCGCGUUUGUGGGUCUCAUGCACAGUAAGUUACUCCCAUAGUUUUACCUAAAACGGCCCUGCGACACUUAAGCAGUCUUUAACACAACUGAAUUCAAUAGAACUGGGUCAAGCCAGUCGGUGAAAUAUACAAUGAAUCAGAUGCACAUACACACACCCACACACACGCAGACUUAUAAACUCUCAUUAAGCUCAGCCAUAUGAAAUUAUGCAAACGGUUUCUUAUUUGUAAUUAUGCGAUUAAAUCAACUGCUGACGAUCAUAAUGAUAAUGUUGUUGGUGGAAUGUCCCAAAGCCAGCAAUGGCUGCAAUAAUAAUCAUAAUAAUUGCAGGGCGUGACCGGUCAGGCAAUUGCAGCGCGUGAUGACCAUCAAAGUGUUUCUUUUUUAUUGUCAUUUAGGUGGCUAGUGAGUGGGUGGAGGGGAAGUGAGCUGCACGCAAGAGGAAAUUUAUUGUUGUAAGUACUUUACCCAAAGUUGAUCGCUGUAGGUGUCCCAUUGUAGUUGAGUGCAUACACAUAAACGCAUUUGUACUCUACCCACACGCAGACAUCCAUACAUCCAUACACAGUUGCACACUCACACAAAUAGAUGCAAUGUUUCAGAUAAUUAUUCAUGUCAAAUGUUAAUUUUGCCUUUAUUGUCGCCAACAGUCCCGUAUUAAGGCAUUGAAUGCCUGCCACUCGCCAUUAGUUGGCCAGUAAUUUUCCGCAAACACAAACAAAAGUCACCAAGUCAACUAAUCGCGCAUGUGUGCGAAAGCAGGGGCGGGGAAGUACUUGUGCUGCGUGCGUGUGCCUUUGUCCCUCACAAUUUGUUUAAUUGUUGCUUUUGAAUAGGUGGCAUGCUACUUGAAUAUUUGUUUUAUAUGUCUGCGUGCAUUAGUGUAUUAACACAAAGGCAGGGCAAUUACGAUAAUCGCACAUACAGCAAACUUUCAUUUAUGUGUCCAACCUUUGAGAUAUUUUUAGGUCCCAAAUUGAUUUCUAAUACCGUUAUAUUAGUACAGUAAGCCUCGAAACUUAGGUAAAUUUCUAACCAAAUACAUAACACAACUUGCUAAUAGUUAAUAUGGAGCUGAAAAACUAUCGAAAGCCUCUUCCUAACACUGCAGACUACUUUUUCAGAAAGAAAAUAAAUCCAUUAUUUAUGUGUAAAAUUUCUGCGCAAAUGGUUUAACAUUACUUUAUGGUCGAUCUUGAGCUUCUGGCCGAUGCUACGACUACUAAACUGCCGGCCAACUUCGGUUAUUUCUGUGAGUUCCACAUUUUCGACAACGGGCCCGCUUGUGCGAGGUGCAUAUUUAACAUCAAAAAUGCCUGGACGGAAUCGAUGGAACCAAAAUUGCACUUAAUUCACUAUUACAUAUUGGCACCAUUCACAAUUUCAGCAGCUUAUCUUGCAUUUUCGUCUUUAUCAAAGGAAAACUGUAAAAUGCACCGAAUCUUCUCUUUGUUGACUUCCAUUGUUAACACCCUGUAACUCACAACUGAAUACAAUAAAGAAAAAAAGCAAAAUAAUUUUUUUAGUGUGAAAUGUUACCUUGACAAGGAGCAUAAAUUUUAAGUUCUUCGAUCUAUACUGUACGGGAUAUCGAUCACUACAGCCGUCUACCAAGAAAAUAAUCACAAUUGCCUCUCUCUGUGUGCUUGGCCGAGCUCCUUCUCCUGGCAUGAGUCUUGAUGGUGUUCCAUAAAUGAAGGGACGAGCAGUUUUAAGCCGAAGUCUGAACGGCGGAUGGUGUUUUAUGAGGAACUUUGUCAUGGCAGAAAAAAUUAUAUCAUGCGGCGAUCUAAAGGUGAAACUUUCAGUUCCUUUCCAUGGUAAUGGGUAAGUGUAUACCUUCGCUGAAUCCGAGCGGGACUUUUUCUAUUCAUAUUCCCUCAAGGGAAGAGUGCACACCGCCGCAGCAGUGGAGGCAGGGUAUGACAAACAUGGUUACGGUUGGCUUGACUUAGAUAGAGCGAAUAGCUCCUCAUCAAGCUCAAAUUUAUGCGUCCGAACCACUGUAGUGCUUUCUCAGGGGAGGUAGCUGUACCUAAGAAAGCAGUGAAUUGGUUGCUUACUGCUGUAAUUACUGUAAAGGAUGUAAAUAUCUACUCGCCAAAUGGUAUUUACGGUCUUGGGUUCAUUAUUUGUGCUUCUCUCUCGGUUGCAUCCGAAUACUUCGAUAUUAAGCUUAUCGUUCCCACGAUAGUCGGUUCUACGUUACCGGAACGACCCGGAUUUAUAUCCGGCCAAGGACUGUCACUUCAGCAGCAUUUUCCAUAUAUGUAUGUAUGGGGUAUGUUUAUGCUGCUACAACAACAACAACAACAUAUUAAGUUUAUUUGGGUUCUUCGUCACAGCGGAAUAGAGAGAAACUGCUGAGCGAUGAGAUGACCAGGCAGAGGACCCUGGAGACGGUUUUAUUGCAAAACAAGUUGUUGGGUGUUCCCUUGAGAACCUGUGGUCUACUUCUGUAAAGAUGAAGCUGCGUGAACUAAGCGAGUGCUGGGAUAGUGCGCAAGCGUGCAAAGUCGCGGGAUCCUUCUGGCUAAUAUAGAUCGGGAGCGCUCGAGACAACUUCUAAGGCUAACAAAGCCGCCGCUUUCGAAUGUGGUUGGUUUACUUACCGGACAUUGUCUGUUAUGUGUCCAUGCGGUGUGACUUGGGAUUACCUCAAGUUCUUUUAGCAGACGCUGUCUGGAUGAUGAAGUGGAAUCCUCUCAGGACCUUCUUCUCAGCUGCCCUCGUCGGGCAAUUUAGACAUCAGAGCCCUCACUUUUUGCUACACCUGCGGAUAUAAAAAUAAAUAAAUAAAUAAUUGGCGCGUACACUUCUGUUAGGUGUUUGGCCGAGC